AUGCUAAAAAAUGAAGCAUUAUUAGAUGUUCAUAAAGAUGAUGGAGCAGCUAUACCCAGUUAUACAGCAUCACAACGUACUAUUGAACGCAAACGUAAAAAAGAUGACAUACCAUUACCAAGACCAACAUCAUUCGAAGAUAUAAGUAUUCCACAGCAAUUAACAGUAACCAAUGGUGGUGGUCGGUUUUUAUUAUAUGAUAAUGAAGACAGUGACUACAGAACAAUUAUAUUAUCAUCUGAGCAAAUAGGCAAACAACUACAACAUUUAAUUACCGCUUUUAACAUAAACACAAGAAAGGAGUAUUUUAAAAGAGCAAGAGCUUUGUUUAAUUUUUGA